UGCGACCGCGUGCUCGUCGGACUGUGGAAUUACUACCAAUUCAAGCACGAGAAGAGGCCGGAUGCGGAUUGGAUCCAAACGUAGCCGUUCCUUAAAUCCAGGUCAAGCCGUGUUCACGAAGUUCGAAAGUCGGGGGCUGGAUGACGAUUUGUGGGACGGUAGCAGGAAAUACGUUUUGGAUUCGGCUUUAUUCAAGGACUGCCCGCCGUAUUUGGGUUGCGAGGAUGACCGCUCCAUCGAGGCGACGGAAAAAUUGGCUGGCCACAAGAAGUUGACGGUCGACUGGAGAAACAAGGUUCUCUCCGUGUUGACAGGGAAUAGACUGAAGAGCCGUGAGGUCGCACAAGCAGAAGGCAUUGUCCACAUCAAAUGGAAAGACACGGGGGACGUGACAUCGAUCGCGCCGUUCGGCAACGACCCUUUGGAGGCUGACAUCAGGGGUGCAGAAUUGAAGGAGGCAGUGGCAGCCACGAAGAGCCACACCUUCGUACUGGAUCUGUGCGAGCCGCAAAACCUCUCGUUUCUCGCCAGCAUGCACCAUCUUUCAUUCGUGAAGUUACUGGAAGGGAAGUGGGUGAGGAGGACCCAUCAAAAGAAAAGCUUCCCCGUGGGGAACAAUUUGUACACCGAGGAUGACCGCAUGUACAUCCUCUUCAAGGGCGACGAUCUGCCCGUAAACACGUCCGUGGUCUAUGAGGGAAGGUUGCCUAAGGGUGGUGCUGCAGCGGUGAGGUUGCCUCAGAGGGUUACCCCAACGGAUGUGUCGGAGAUUCCCUUCUCGCCUUGUGACUGGUCGCAGACCGCGCCGGAACGACAGGGCAGUGUGUACGGGGACAUGGAACRCAACCCGAUACAAUUCGUCGGUCUUCUUGAUUUUCUUUCGAAGAAGGGAGAGGGUGUCGUCUUCCUCGGGAAACCACACGCGGGAAGCGUGUGGGAGCUUCUGAAAGCGGGCAGGCAUGUGGUCGCAAUGGAAGGGAACUCCGACCUUUUGCAAUUCACGAUGCAACUGGUCAAAAGCGAGGUCAAUUCCGGGGCGCAUGAUUGCGAGUUAAUGGUCGCGAAGGCGACACGGAAUCGGGUGUGGAACAACAGAACGGACAUGUGGUUCAAGUUAAGCGAGAGAAAGAGGAACAAGAUAUACAACUUCUUGUUCCUCCGAACGAGGCCGAGGACGGACACUGAUGCCGAGUACCUCCGUCGCAAGGACCACAUGUUGGCAUUGAUCGACAACCACCAUUCCGCCUCCUGCAUGAAUGCGAAGACGUUUCUUGACAGGCUUCAGUCGUUGUACUUCGUUGAGUCCAAGCAGCAGUUGAAGUUAGCCAGUUACGCCUCCUUGAUCUCCAUUGACGACGAGGAAGCCACCGGUGUUGAGUUCGACGCUAAUGCGAAGGAGGAGGAGAGCGACACCGAGAGCCUCGACCUGCAGUAUGAUCCAGCACCGGCGGAGCAYGCCCGUGGGACGUCGUCGGUCGGUCCGUCAUCGAGCGCGGCAGCGGCGGCACCACUCGUGUCACCAACGGCAAGACCGUGGCCGGGCAGCACGCCGAUGAAGUUGCUGGAGAGGCUGAGAGCUAUGGCAAUCCCCCCGCGCGCUAUGCGUCCCGGGUCUGACAUUCCGCCCGACCAUCCGUCAUGGAAGGAUGACAACAUCCACUUCCUGCUUGCGCCACAAAGCCAUUCGCCUGAGGCAGACUGGGGCCAUGACAUGCUUUGGCAUCCAGGUGUCAUCCGGCCAGCGAUACAGAAGGGCGAGUGGGUCAUGGCCGUCACAGUCCCGGAUGGGGGAUGGGUGUCGAUUCCGCGCGAGUCGAAGUCCACCUUUCUGCACCUCGCGAGGAUUUYGGUCCUCCAGAAAGUGAGGGCCGAAAAUGACAUGUUUGCACCCUACGACCCGUCAGUUGUUUCCACAGCCGGGCGAGUUUUCGAUGAGCUCCAGGACAAGUGCUGGUUGGAAUUGACAGCGGACUACUACGACCUCGACACGAGCCCGUCGAAGGG